CACAGGAUCAGGAUCGGAGCAACGUAGAAGCUAAGCGAGAGUAUUAACCACAGAGUAAGGCGCAUCGCAAAUGCAACAAUCCCUCCAGUAAACAAUACAAAAAUCAACAAGAGCAAACAAAAAGAAACAGUAAACGAAUUUAAGAAGCAAAAGCGGUUCAAGAGGAAUAUAACAAAUUUAACGCCCCCCGAGUGUCCGUUUGAUAAAUGCCAAGAUAAGUCGUUACCGCUUUAAUACCGCCAUCAACAUUACCCAGCAACAGAAGCUGAUCCAGCAACUCGAGCAACAGCAGCAGCAGCAGGCGAUCGCUUUCAAGGGGAAGAAACAGAAAAACAAGAAGAAAUUGCAGUUGCAGCAGCCGUUGCAGUUGCAGUUGCAUAUUGAUCAGGAAGCGAACGGCGGAUCAGUAGUAGAGCUGUUACCCAAGGGUAGCGAUAACAAUUGCAAGACGCCAAACUCAACCGCCAAAGUCGCCAACAUAACACAUAAAAUUUUCGGUUGGCUACGCAAAUCACGCAACAAACGGCCAGUCGAGAUCCUCAACAGCGAUUUCGGCGAAGACGGCGACGAGGGCGUUGGCGAGGGCAAAGGCCAAGGAGGCGCAGGCGAGGGAGGAGGAGCAGGAGCAGCUGCCAGUGCAGCUGGCGAUCAAUUUUCAGUGGCAAGCGUUAAAAACAAAGCCGGCAAGCUGAAUACCACACAGACAGCCACGGAGACCGCCAUCGAUUCAAACGAACCCAAAUCUGAAAAGAUGUCAUCGGGCACGUUUGUGGAUCGAAUCGACCCGUUCGCCAAACGUUCGCUCAAGAAGAAGGGUAAAAAGAGUCAAGGUUCCUCGCGCUACAGAAAUUCUCAGGAUGUUGAGCUGCAGCAAUUGCCGCCGUUAAAAGCCGAUUGCUCCAGCCUAGAACAGGAGGAGCUGUUUAUACGGAAGCUGCGCCAGUGUUGCGUAUCCUUUGACUUUAUGGAUCCCGUUACGGAUUUGAAGGGCAAGGAAAUCAAACGGGCCGCGCUCAAUGACCUAUCCACCUAUAUAACACAUGGGCGCGGUGUGCUUACGGAACCGGUUUACCCGGAAAUAAUUCGCAUGAUUUCUUGCAACCUAUUUCGCACGUUGCCGCCCAGUGAGAAUCCCGAUUUCGAUCCCGAGGAGGAUGAUCCGACACUAGAGGCUUCCUGGCCACACCUGCAGCUGGUGUACGAGGUGUUCUUGCGGUUCCUGGAGUCCCAGGAUUUCCAAGCGACUAUCGGCAAGCGUGUGAUUGAUCAAAAGUUCGUUUUGCAGCUGUUGGAGCUUUUCGAUUCGGAGGAUCCUAGGGAGCGGGACUUUCUGAAGACGGUGUUGCAUCGCAUAUAUGGAAAAUUUUUGGGACUGCGGGCUUUUAUACGAAAACAAAUCAAUAACAUAUUCUUGCGAUUUAUUUACGAGACGGAGCACUUCAAUGGAGUCGGUGAGCUUUUGGAGAUCCUUGGCAGUAUCAUCAACGGAUUCGCACUGCCCCUGAAGGCCGAACACAAGCAGUUUCUGGUUAAGGUCCUAUUGCCGCUGCACAAAGUCAAAUGCCUGUCGCUCUACCACGCUCAACUGGCGUAUUGCAUUGUACAAUUCCUAGAGAAGGAUCCAUUCCUUACCGAACCGGUGGUGCGUGGCCUGUUAAAGUUCUGGCCCAAGACGUGUUCCCAGAAGGAGGUCAUGUUCCUGGGCGAGAUCGAGGAGAUACUUGAUGUGAUCGAUCCGCCGCAGUUUGUCAAGAUCCAGGAGCCGUUGUUCCGCCAGAUUGCAAAAUGCGUGUCAAGUCCACAUUUUCAGGUUGCUGAGCGAGCUCUUUACUUGUGGAACAAUGAGUACGCCAUGUCGCUGAUCGAGGAGAACAAUGCGGUCAUCAUGCCCAUCAUGUUCCCGGCCCUUUAUCGCAUCAGCAAGGAGCACUGGAAUCAAACCAUCGUGGCGCUUGUCUACAACGUUCUGAAGACGUUCAUGGAGAUGAACUCGAAGCUGUUCGAUGAGCUGACCUCCAGCUACAAAGCGGAGCGGCAAAAGGAAAAGAAACGUGAGCGGGACCGCGAGGAGCUGUGGAAGAAGCUGCACGAACUCGAAUCCAAUCGUUCUAGUGGGCGCACCGCCGGCGGCAGCGCUACGACAUCGAACAGCGCUUCUACCGCGGCGUCAACGUCCCUGCAGCCACCCAGCACCGCUGGCCUGAACUCUCAUCAGCAGCAGUCGAAUAGCAGCAGCAGCGGCAGCCUGUCCAGCGGCGGAGCCGGCGGCGACAAUAAUCCUGCGACCACAAAUGCGAAAAUCAAACAGGAUAAGGCGGACAACUAAGCAGCAUCAACGCAAGGCGCGCCCGAAACUAACAAUAAAACAAAAACAAAAGCAAAAACCAACAUCAGUAAGAGCAGCGUAAGCGUAACGCGCGUUAUUCGAUAUCCGUAAACGUAAACGUCAGAGAGACAGCAGCAACCACACAUCUAAAGGAGAAAUAAAUAGUUAUACUAAACCACACAUAUGCUAAACUUUAAAACCAGAAAAUAUAAAACUAAAAUGUAUACUCGAUUGACAAGACACCAACCAAGCUCUGAACCCCAGGAGGACGCUUGGGCGGCUGUUGAAGAGAGGAGGUAGAACCGAAAUCUGGAGCGGGAGCUGAAUCAGAUCCCGGGGCGUGUGUGUGUUAAGAAGGCUUGAGUGCGGCAUAAAAAAAGAAUGAAAUCUUUAUAAAUAAUGUAUCUUACAACUACAGCAACACACACUCACACACACACACGUGCGCGACACGUAUAAAUAUAUAUUACAAAAAGAAGAAAAAUAAUUAUUAAUUACGUUUAAGCGAAAAACAAGUUGAAUAAAGAGAAAUCAUGUUAGUAAGUGAAAAAGUGCAGAAGAGCGAUAAAACUAUAACGGACGAUUGACGAUUGUUGAAGCGCAUUGAAUAUUAUUAACUAAACAUAUUGCUAACUAGCAUAGAUCAGCCAUCCUAUCCCCGCCACCCACAAACACAACAACCUAGAUGUUCACUUGCUAAGUAUUUGCGUUCAUUUGAAAUGUGUAAAAUAGUUGAAACUGCGCUGCAUCCUCAGAUUUUGAUUUUUUUUUUCUCUCAAUUUCUCCAUAGAACGGCGUGUCUUAGUCCAGAUUUCCCACUGAAUUGUAUAUAAAAUAACCGAGAGAACUGUGCUCCCUCCCCCUUGAAACCCAGAAUGAAACUUUGUUACUUAGCUUUAAGUGUUGCACACUCCGUCAAGACUUCUCGAAAACAGAAAUUCCAACAAUUCCCGCUAAAUGCCUGCGCAGUUACGAUGUUACGCGAUGCAAGAACAAGAAAACAAAAAGCCAAGUUUUAGUACAUUGUUGAAGUGUCUGCUAAACGGGCCAAGAUAGACAGGGAGCCGGCAUAAAUCUAUAAAUAAUUAAGAAUACAAUUAACUACCAUAACGUACGAUAAACGCUGAUCUAUAUGAAUGUAUGUAAAAACAAAAAUAUAUAUCUCCAAGCUGAGGAAUAGGCGCAUGCGCGGUAAAAUGAAUACAAAUAUUGAGUAUCGAGCAUUGUAAAAAGGAUAAGCUAGAGAAACCAACAACCAGGCAAAAACGAUAGUUUAUAGAACAAGGUUAUGGAAAAUUCAGCUUGGCAUAGUCUCUACCCCUCACCCCAUAUGAUAAUUGGCAUCUUGCGAAACAUUUCCACAGUCCACUCCAGGCUCGAUGCAUCUAUGAUAUCCUUUGAAUAUCUCUGAGGAAAGCGGUCCAGUAUCCGGUGGUAUCCCACAUAGUUUUGCAAAUUCCUUUCGGACUCUUCUCCUCGAUUUAAUAACUAACUUAAUUUCAAUCCUCACGGAAAUGCGCACAAUUGUCAUUCGAUUUGCUAAACAAUACUUUCAAUUGUAAAUAAUGUAGCCAAGUUAAAGGUGGGCAAUACUUUUGGACCGCUUUCCCAGCAUUCUCACUAUCACUCUCACUCACUCACACUUAGCCGCACUCAUAGUAAGGAAAUAUAUAAAAUUUAUAUAUGAAAUAUACUAUGCAUAUGUAUGUUUGUUCAUUCAACUCUCACGCCCAUUACAAAGUAUAGAAGCAUGCAUUAUAGGAGCCAGAAAAAAGAAGAAAACUAGGAGCAGAGGCGGCGAUAGGGAAUAUCCACUAAUGAAUGUCUCUCAUUAGGCGAAACCGCAAAAGUUCAUAUAAUAUUAAAGAUAAUUGUGUCUGUGAAUCGUGAGUUAUUAUACACAUAUAUAUGUAUACAUAUAUUGCAAACAAAACAAAAACUGGAAAAUAAGAAAAAAAAAGUAUAAAAAAAUCUAAAGGAAACGUAAAAGUUAGCGUUAUUAUUAAAUAUGUUUGUAAAACGUCAAAAAUAUGCAACAAUACAGAAGCGAGGGAAGAGCAGCGUAUAAAGUGCAUCAACUAAAGAGUCAUCGGCUAGAGCAGAGAGUAUAUUUCGAAAACAAAAAUUGAACCUAUGGACUAAAUACUAAGCAACGUGUGUAAGAAAGUUUUGCAUCUUUAUAUUAGCGUGUAAUUAAAAAGAAAAUAGCUAAACAAAGCCCAAGCCUAAACAGCAAUUACAACUAGAGCUACUACAAAGAACCCACGAUUAUCAUCCCCCUCCCAUUGAGAAGCAAUAGCGAUCAGAUCAGAUCAGAUAACCCCGAGCGUUAGGACCUACUGCCUUUAAAGAUCCCAAGAAGAACACCAAAAAUAAGAAGAAAAA